AUGGCUCUUUCAUAUAAUCUUAUCUUCGCUGCUCUCGCUCUCAGUGCAGCCGUUUUGGCUGGUCCAGGAGGACGCCACGGACAUGGAGGAGGUCAUGGAGGUCAUGGUGGACCACCACUCCCACCAUUCCUUCAGAAUGUUACUGCUGAAGGAAGACAAGCUUUCAUUGCUAUCGUUACUAAUACUAGCCUCACUAUCGCUGAAACCGAGACUCAGAUUGACUCCUGGGCUGCCACAUACGGAGUUACGACCGAAGUGAACGAAUUCAAAACUCAAGUAGAAACCAAGCUCAACGAGAUCAAGGCUAAUGUGACUGCUGUAAUCAGCAACUUGCCAACUGUUCAAACCCAACUCGAAGCCAUCUUUGCCAACAAAUCGCAAACCAUCGUUGAGCAAUUCCAAGCUAUUCAACAACUCACUCAGCAGUAUCCACAAGAAGUUGGAGUCAUUUUCUUCCUUGCCAAGCCAAAGGGAGGAUUCGGAGGACAAGGACCAUUCGGAGGAUUCCCAGGAAGCCAAGGAGGUAACCAAGGAGGAUUCGGGGGGUUCCCCGGAGGUAACCAAGGAGGUAACCAGGAAGGAUUUGGAGGAUUCCCAGGAGGUAACCAAGGAGGAUUCCCCGGAAACCAAGGAGGUAACCAAGGAGGUAACCAAGGAGGAUUCGGAGGAUUCCCAGGCGGAAACCAAGGAGGAUUCCCAGGUGGCAACCAGGGAGGAUUUGGCGGAUUCGGAGGACAACAAGGUGGAAGAUUCUAA